UUCCAACAUGCCUGUAGACGCAGCAGCAACGACGACAGAGGCGCUCGCCGCGCGGACCGGCGGCGAGGGGCUCGAGACGCCCGCGGGCACCCUCUACGUCUCCAAGCCCUUCCGCUCCAAGUCCUCGAAGAAGCUGCGCGCCCUUAUCACCUUCACCCCCCGCAAGUCUGCCUUUGACACCACCAACGAGCUGAGUGGGGCCAAUGAGUUCCGAGGUUUCUUCACCCUCUUUUGGAUAUCCAUGUUCAUCUUCACCAUCCGGACGUACAUCUCCAGCAUAGAGACUCAGGGAGCACCGCUUAAUCUCGCCUUCGCCACCAUGUUCUCGCAGGACGCAGUAACACUCUUCUGGAGCGACAUGUUGCUUAUCGCCAGCUCUGUCCUCUGCGUCCCCUUCGCCAAGGCGAUUGCGACGAACACUAUACAAUACUACUGGACAGGCGUUAUCCUUCAGCACAUCUUCCAGACUUCCAUCCUUUUCAUUGCUGUCUCGUGGACAUACCACAGACAAUGGCCAUGGGUUCAGUCUGGCUUCCUCACCCUGCACACCCUCGUCAUGAUCAUGAAGAUGCACUCCUACAUCAACGUGAACGGCUACAUGCAAUACAUCACCGCCCAGUCGCAACAAGUACUUGACCAGAUGCGCAAGGCUACCGAGACGAUAGGCGGCGGUUGGGACCAUGCUAUCGAGGUCGCGAAAGCGCGCCGCGCAGAGCUCGACAAUGCUGCGGGUAUGUCGAGUGGGACGGACUCGCCACCAUCAAUGGACACAACGCCACCUGUAAUGGCUACGCCUCCUAUCGCUACGGGCGCGAGCGCGUCGUACGUGGACGCCGAUACCGCAACCGCUCUCCGCAAGCGCCUCGCCUCUGUAGCUCCCGGCGUCGCCAACGACAUGCGCAAGGCCGAGAAAGCGCAGGAAGCAGCGGCAGCCGACGAGAAGUCAGGUGUUCGCUCGCACGUCGUCAGCGCUCUCGAGCCACACCCACUGGUUGACCACCCGAACGAGGAGAUUGCGCAGAUGGCGAAGGACUACUCCGAGAUGCAGGGCGAGCUGACGAGCACAGGCCCCGAGCGGAUAACGUGGCCCAACAACGUCACGUACAAGAACUUUGGGCUAUACUUGUUGAUUCCGUCGCUGGUGUAUGAGUUGGAGUAUCCGAGGACGGAUAAGAUUCGCCCCAUCUACGUCUUCGAAAAAGUCACGGCCUUUUUCGGAUCCUUCGCUCUUCUUUACACCAUCACCGAGACUUUCAUCCUGCCCAAGAUUCCCACUGCGGACCAGUCCUUCCUCCUGAGCCUCCUCGACCUCGCGAUGCCCUUCAUGUUUGGCUAUCUUAUGAUCUUCUACAUCAUCUUCGAAUGCAUAUGCAAUGCGUUCGCUGAGAUCUCAUACUUCGCCGACCGCCAAUUCUACGAAGACUGGUGGAACUCGACUUCUUGGGACGAGUUCUCGCGCAAGUGGAACAGGCCGGUGCACUCGUUCUUGUUGCGCCAUGUGUACGCGUCGACCAUCACGGGGUACGGGCUGUCGAGGACGCAGGCGAUGUUCGCGACGUUCUUGUUGAGCGCGUGCGCGCAUGAGCUGGUGAUGAUCGUGGUGACGCAUAAGAUAAGGAUGUACCUCUUCUCCCUCCAGCUCAUCCAGAUCCCGCUCAUCGCCAUCGGCCGCCAUCCGGUCAUCAAGCGCAACAAGCUCGCCGGAAACAUCAACUUCUGGCUCGGCUUGUACGCGGGCUUCCCGCUACUUUGUGUGGCGUAUUGCGCGUACUGAGUGGAGGUGCAUGGGUGGCGGGAUGGUGAGUUGUAGAGCAUGAAGGCAAAAACGGCAGCAGUGAGCAGUCGAUUUGCAUUUAUCAUGGAAGGCUGGCGGAAAGCGGAGGGGCACCUUGCUCGCUUAUUUAUCUACGUCGAUAUACUGCUGUGGGAUCAUCCACACGCAUGCUACAGUACCCAGCACAGUAAUUGCAUAGUUCCGGGCUGUAUUAUAGCACGGGGUUUCUUCUUUCCUUUACUUUCGCUAUCCCUGAUGCCUGCGUCGAAAGCUGC